UGUGAAAUUGGUCCAUCUUAUUGGCUCAAGAUUCUAUUUUGGUGAACGGUAGCUUAACUCUAAGCUCUUCUUCUCCGACACCGGAUUGCCUCUUUCAAAGUGCCGUGAGUUAUAUAUUAUUUCCACCUAACACUGGUUUUUUGUCCCUUUCUCUGGUAUGCUUCGUAUCGUUCAUCUGUCUCGCAGAAAACCGUUUUCAAUUCUCAGAUCUAUCAUCACACUCGUUCUGGUCCUUAUCAUUUCACUAAUGCUCCAAAUUCCAAACCAAAAACCCUAGACUCUCUUCCAUUUUCACCAAUCAACCAAAUCCAAUUCAAUGGAGCAACUAAAGACGAUUGGCAGGGAGCUCGCUAUGGGAUCCCAAGGCGGCUUUGGCCAAUCGAAAGAGUUUCUCGAUCUCGUCAAAUCGAUUGGCGAGGCUCGAUCCAAGGCUGAAGAGGACCGAAUUGUUCUUGGCGAGAUCGAAACUCUAAAACGACGCAUCGUUGAGCCCGAUAUCCCCAAGCGGAAGAUGAAGGAAUACAUCAUACGCCUCGUUUAUGUCGAGAUGCUGGGCCACGAUGCUUCUUUUGGCUACAUCCACGCUGUCAAGAUGACUCAUGAUGAUAAUUUGCUCCUCAAGCGAACUGGAUAUCUUGCCGUUACUCUGUUUCUUAAUGAGGAUCACGAUUUGAUUAUCUUGAUAGUGAAUACAAUACAGAAGGACUUGAAAUCGGAUAAUUAUCUGGUUGUUUGUGCUGCGUUAAAUGCUGUUUGUAAGUUGAUUAAUGAGGAGACAAUUCCUGCUGUGUUGCCGCAAGUGGUGGAGUUGUUGGGUCACUCGAAGGAGGCUGUUAGAAAGAAGGCGAUUAUGGCUCUUCAUCGCUUUUAUCAGAAGUCUCCAUCAUCCGUUUCUCAUCUCGUCUCCAAUUUUCGCAAGAGACUUUGUGAUAAUGACCCGGGAGUCAUGGGUGCAACACUUUGUCCUCUUUUUGAUCUUAUAACUACAGAUGUUAAUUCUUAUAAAGAUUUGGUCAUCAGCUUUGUUAGCAUUCUCAAACAAGUAGCUGAGCGUAGAUUGCCAAAGAGUUACGAUUAUCAUCAGAUGCCAGCUCCAUUUAUACAGAUCAAGUUGCUGAAAAUCUUGGCAUUGCUAGGAAGUGGUGACAAGCAAGCGAGUGAACACAUGUAUACAGUUGUGGGCGAGAUAUUUAGGAAGUGUGAUUCAUCAAGUAAUAUAGGAAAUGCUGUACUUUAUGAGUGCAUAUGCUGUGUUUCUUCAAUAUAUCCGAAUCCUAAGCUACUAGAAGCUGCUGCUGAUGUAAUAGCUAGAUUCUUGAAGAGUGACAGUCAUAAUUUAAGAUAUAUGGGCAUUGAUGCCCUUGGUCGGUUGAUAAAAUUAAGUCCAGAGAUUGCUGAGCAACACCAAUUGGCUGUGAUAGACUGCUUAGAGGAUCCAGAUGAUACUCUGAAGCGAAAAACCUUUGAACUGCUGUAUAAGAUGACAAAGUCCUCCAAUGUGGAAGUGAUUGUUGAUCGCAUGAUUGACUAUAUGAUCAAUAUCAAUGAUAAUCAUUACAAGACUGAGAUAGCAUCUCGAUGUGUAGAACUUGCAGAGCAAUUUGCACCUAGCAACCACUGGUUUAUCCAGACCAUGAAUAGAGUAUUUGAGCAUGCGGGAGAUCUGGUGAAAAGUAAAGUGGCUCAUAACUUGAUGCGCUUAAUUGCUGAGGGAUUUGGGGAGGAUGAUGAUACUGCAGAUAAUCAGUUGAGAUCAUCUGCUGUGGAGUCAUAUUUGCAGAUUAUCGGAGAGCCAAAGCUUCCAUCUCUAUUUCUUCAGGUCAUUUGUUGGGUCUUGGGGGAAUAUGGAACUGCUGAUGAAAAGUUUUCUGCCUCAUAUGUUGCUGGGAAGUUAUGUGAUGUAGCAGAUGCAUAUUCAAAUGAUGAGACUGUUAAGGCAUAUGCAGUGACAGCACUUAUGAAACUAUAUGCAUUUGAAAUAGCAGCUGAAAGGCAAGUGGAAAUUUUACCUGAGUGUCAAUCUCUGAUUGAGGAAUUAUCAGCAUCCCACUCAACAGACUUGCAGCAGCGUGCAUAUGAACUUCAAGCAGUUAUUGGCUUGGAUGCUCAUGCCGUUGAAUGUAUUAUGCCACCAGAUGCAAGCUGUGAAGAUAUCGAGAUUGAUAAAAACCUCUCUUUUCUUAACGGUUAUGUUCAACAAGCGAUAGAAAAAGGGGCUCAGCCCUAUAUUCCAGAGAGUGAACGUUCUGGAAUGUUAAAUAUCAACAGUUUCAGGAAUCAAGAUCAACAUGAAGCAUCAACUCAUGGUCUUAGGUUUGAGGCUUAUGAACUUCCAAAGCCUUCUGUGCCAUCUAGGACACCUCCAGCAUCGCUUGCAUCCUCAACAGAACUUGUUCCAGUUCCUGAGCCCACUUAUUACAGGGAGGCCCAGCAGACGGCAACAUUGCCAUCUUCAUCCGAUACAGGAUCAUCGGAAGUCAAGCUCCGACUUGAUGGAGUGCAAAAGAAAUGGGGUAGGCCAAAUUACUCCUCUCCUGCAACACCUACGUCAAAUUCUAGUUCUCAGAAGACAGUGAAUGGGGUGACUCAUCCUGAUGGGGGAAGCAAUGUAAAUUCUAAAGCACGUGAAACCUCUUAUGAUUCAAAGAAGGCACAAAUUGAAAUCUCUCCAGAAAAGCAGAAGCUUGCUGCAUCACUGUUUGGAGGUUCAUCAAAAACCGAGAGAAAGCCACCUUCAACUGGCCAUAAGGUUGCCAAGGGAAGCAGCCAUGUUUCGAAGUCAGUGGUUUCAUCAACCACUGAUGUAGCAGUAGAGAAGACAAUUCCAGUUCAACCUCCUCCAGACUUGCUUGACCUAGGCGAACCAAAUGUUGUUAGCACUGGGGCUUCAUCAGUUGACCCAUUUAAACAAUUAGAAGGGCUGCUUGAUCCAACUAAACUUAGUUCCAGUGCUAAUCCUGGCAUCGUUGGCUCCACUAGUGCGCCUGAUUUCAUGCAACUGUAUACAGACACGUCUGCAAGUGGACCAAGUGGUGGUUUCACGUUUACUUUAUCAUCUAAUAAGAGUCAUGAUAAUUUGUUGUCUGGACUAGGGAAUGCUGCUCAGAGUAGCACCGCAACAGCUACAAACCCCACACAAUUCGGUAAAGGACCAAAUCUUAAAGAUUCAUUGGAAAAGGAUGCACUGGUGAGGCAGUUGGGCGUGACCCCGUCAAGUCAAAAUCCCAACUUGUUUAAAGAUUUGCUAGGCUGAAAUUGGACAUAGAGAGUAAAAUUCAGUUGAUUUUAGACUGAUUGCUAUAUGAUUUCCGCGCAGAGAGGUUGCAGGCUAUGUUGUGCAGGUUCUUAAUGAUGGGGCUUGCCAAGUAGAACCGUCAAGUUCACAGAAGCUUCCUUUUGUGAUGCCAAAAUCAGGCAUAGAUUGUAUUUGUUGAUGCACAUCUGAGAGUUGAUAGUUUAAGAGGACCCAAGGUUGAUGUACAUGGGAUAUUCCCUUGCGAAGUUUCUUUUUGAGUUUUCGUUAGCUGUUCUUUCCCUGGGUGUCGGAGCUUGUCGCAAGCAAAUGGGUAUUGCCGCCCUAAUGACAUAGGAGUCACGUGUUGUUAUAAUUAUCCAAUUAAUAUUUUUCUUGUUUUAUUUGCAUUUAUGAUCUUUUCUCAUUAACAUAAUAGCACAGAUUUCAAUUUUGUUUUUGGAAAAA